CCGCGCCCCGCCCCCGGCGUGGCUACACAGAGGGGCGCCCACGUGCCCAGCCCGCCUUCUGCAGCGCAGCGGCCAGAGCGCUCCUCUCCGCGCCGACCAGCGAGGCGGCGGCAGCUCCUCCAGCCUCCCGGAGCAACGGGCCCCCGACACGCUCCAGCCGCUCGCCCACCGCCGCCCCCUCGGCGCGUCCUUAGCACUGCCCCAGCUACCUGCUUCAGAAUGAUUCCCUGCAGAGCUGCGCUGUCUUUUGCCCGAUGUCUGAUCCGGAGAAAAAUAGUCACCCUGGACAGUCUAGAAGAUUCCAAAUUAUGCCGCUGCUUAUCCACCAUGGACCUCAUUGCCCUGGGGGUUGGAAGCACUCUUGGUGCUGGGGUUUAUGUCCUUGCCGGAGAGGUGGCCAAAGCAGAUUCUGGCCCCAGUAUUGUGGUGUCCUUCCUCAUUGCUGCUCUUGCUUCCGUGAUGGCAGGUCUUUGCUAUGCUGAAUUUGGGGCCCGUGUUCCCAAGACUGGGUCUGCCUACUUGUACACUUACGUCACUGUUGGAGAACUGUGGGCAUUCAUCACUGGCUGGAAUCUCAUUUUAUCUUAUGUGAUAGGUACAUCAAGUGUUGCAAGAGCAUGGAGUGGCACCUUUGAUGAACUUCUUAGCAAACAGAUUGGCCAGUUUUUCAGGACAUACUUCAAAAUGAAUUAUACCGGCCUUGCAGAAUAUCCUGACUUUUUUGCUGUGUGCCUUAUAUUACUUCUAGCAGGUCUUUUAUCGUUUGGAGUAAAAGAAUCUGCUUGGGUGAAUAAAAUCUUCACAGCUAUUAAUAUCCUGGUCCUUCUCUUCGUGAUGGUUGCUGGCUUUGUGAAAGGAAAUGUGGCAAACUGGAAGAUUAGUGAAGAGUUUCUCAAAAAUAUAUCAGCGAGUGCCAGAGAUCCGCCUUCUGAAAAUGGGACAAGUAUCUAUGGGGCUGGUGGCUUUAUGCCUUAUGGCUUUGCAGGAACUUUGGCUGGGGCUGCCACCUGCUUUUAUGCCUUUGUGGGAUUUGACUGCAUUGCAACAACUGGUGAAGAAGUCCGGAAUCCUCAGAAAGCUAUUCCUAUUGGAAUUGUGACUUCUUUGCUUGUUUGCUUUAUGGCCUACUUUGGGGUCUCUGCAGCUUUAACCCUUAUGAUGCCAUACUACCUCCUGGACGAGAAAAGCCCUCUGCCGGUAGCGUUUGAAUAUGUUGGAUGGGGCCCCGCCAAAUACGUUGUUGCAGCGGGUUCUCUCUGUGCUCUGUCAACAAGUCUUCUUGGAUCCAUUUUCCCAAUGCCUCGUGUAAUCUAUGCUAUGGCGGAGGAUGGGUUGCUUUUCAAAUGUCUAGCUCAAAUCAAUUCCAAAACGAAGACACCAGUAAUUGCUACUUUAUCAUCGGGUGCGGUGGCAGCUGUGAUGGCAUUUCUCUUUGACCUGAAGGCACUUGUGGACAUGAUGUCUAUUGGCACACUUCUGGCCUACUCUCUGGUUGCCGCAUGUGUUCUCAUCCUCAGGUACCAGCCCGGCUUAUCUUAUGAGCAGCCCAAAUACUGUCCUGAGAAAGCAGCUCUGGGGUCAUGUGGCAAGGCUGCCUCCAAGAGCGAGUCGCCGGUCACCAUGCUGCAGGGGCCGGGCCUCAGCCUGCGCCUCCUCAUCAGCCCAUCGGCUCUGCCUACACAGCAGUCGUCGUCUCUCGUGAGCUUUCUGGUGGGAUUUCUUGCAUUUCUUGUUUUGGGCCUGAGUAUCUUGACCACGUACGGAGUCCAAGCUAUUGCCCGGCUAGAAGCAUGGAGCGUUGCUCUUCUUGUCCUGUUUCUUGUUCUCUGCAUCGCCAUUGUGCUCACCAUUUGGAGGCAGCCCCAGAAUCAGCAAAAAGUAGCCUUCAUGGUUCCGUUCUUACCAUUCUUGCCAGCCUUCAGCAUUCUGGUGAACAUCUACCUGAUGGUCCAGCUGAGCGCAGACACUUGGAUCAGAUUUAGCAUUUGGAUGGCACUCGGCUUCCUGAUCUACUUCACUUACGGUAUUAGACACAGCCUGGAGGGUCACCCGAGAGAGGAGGAAGAUGAUGAAGAGGCUUCCUCAGACAACAUCAAUGCCGCAGCGAAAGAAAAAGCCGCCAUUCAAGCCAACGACCAGCACCAAAGAAACCUCAGUUUACCUUUCAUAUUCCACGAGAAGACGAGCGAAUGCUAACGCCGGCUGGGGCCGGGCUGGUCCACAGUCGUACCGUACGUGUCCUACGUGGAGUAAACCGUGACAGGCUGUCAUCAUCGCGCUGGGUUGCCGUGGCCUUGCUGCAGACGUAGCUCCCCUAACUUAUACUCACUCACCCGGACAGCACCUUCUCAGAUGGUGAAUUGUGUACCUGGGGAAACCUCCCAAGCUCUCUCCUCAGCGAUGACUAUCCCUCAAGUAGUGGGAGCGUGUGUACGUGUGUAUGUGUACCUGGGGGUGAAUGAAUGUUAUUAGUUGUUUGUGGUUCACUCUUGCGCCUGGUAUUUUUCUGGUGUUGUCAUUAAUGGGCGGCUUAUACUGCACAUGCUGAAAUAGAAAUGAUCACUGACUAGAAGGGUGUUUUGUACGUGCCUGGUGCUUUCGGGGAAAUAACCGUGGCUUUUCCUUAUUAGCUGUCAUUAACGUUGAUUAGAACAUGCUCAAAAUGCAGUUACCCUUCCUGGUAUCUGUCGUUGGUCAGGAGCAAGAGGAGGGGAUAAGAAAUGAGCCUUUUCUAGAACUUAUCAAUGCCAGCAGUGGGUUUAAUCCAGAUUUUUUCUUCCACAAAGUAUGGCCCUUUGUGAAAACCUCAGCCACAAGUGUGUUUGCUGGGCUACCCGGGGCGGGGGCGGCGCUCUGGGUCACCCGAGGACGCCCCUUGCAACUGCUGUGGUUUUUGAGAGAACCAAUCCUUCCACGUGUGAAUGAUAGACUCCCCCUCAGUCCUGGUAGAGGCUUGAGAACAGUGUGUGUGAUCUACUUGGGACCCUUUCUGCUAGAAAAGGAAGGCAGUCCCUUGGCAGGAAAGCUUGUGUGAGUGGCAGCGAAGAGGCUGUAUUUGGAAAUCAGAGUCAGACAGACGCUUGGAUAAGGAGACACCAAGCAACUUGGUCUUCAAUGUCCCAUAAAAUAAGCCAGUAAAGUCUUCCCGGAUCACACAAUUGGCCGAACGUUUUACACUUUUCUCCUUUACUUAAUAACUAAUCACAGUUCAGUUUUUUCUUAAAACCUUUUCAGGUACAGAAUUCACUCCUUUCUUCCUAGUAUUUUGUCUUGUCCUAGAUAGGAGGGGCUGCACUAGCAAAUUAUGUCUUUACUACAUGCCACAGUGGAAAAAACAACGGGAUACAAGAAGAGGAAGUGUCCCUGUUCUGAGUUUAAAGUGCCUAUUUGGAUCUUAAGUUGCAUUUGCCCCAGUUUGAGGGGUUUGGAUCUAAUUUGCCUUUGAUGUUUCUUUUGGAAACAUGUAGGGAUGUUUUCCUUCCCCCUCAUCCUAUAAAUUGUUUAGCACUUUUUAUCUCACUUACUUUUAAUUGACCACAGUAAAUCUGUCAAUACCCCAUUCCCAGUGGUUGGGGGAUAAAAUAUGUGGGCUAAAUACAUGAUUAUCGAAAACCUUAAGCAAAAAAGAAAAAUGAACCUAAUUAAAUUAAAGGCAUAUAGCACAGUAACCUUUUUAGGAGUAAAUGAAUUGUUUUUCUAUGUAAGAUUCUCUAGUUACUCUAUUUUACUUCAUAGGGUUCUCUCGUAGUGGACUUUUUACCUGCAGAGUGCUUUGCUUCUUAUGAAUUAGCUUUCUUACAAAUAAUUAAAUGGUUUGCUGGGUGAGGCUAGGGGCUGUGUACUUACACACAGAUGGGUUACAUUCCCAGGAUAAAUGUUAAUCAAGCACACCAGUUAACCAGCUUAAUCCAAAACGCAAGGACAACAUUUGUUUCCUGACAGCUCUUCCAAGAGAUUAUUUUACUGAUGCUAUUAAAAAGCAAGUUGUGAUCGUUCUAACCAAGAGUUUACUGUGACUAAAUAUCAGAUAAACAGAGAGAAAGCGUGGGUUUCCGGCUGCUAGUCUUGGAGCCUCCCUGAUCUAGAGCUCAGUACUGACAUUCCACUAUUGCCAGGGUGCCUGGUAAAAUCUGAGACCCAGAAUUCUCUUUCAAGCAUGUUUUUUCUGGAGAGGAAGAGUUGGAUAUGCAAGGAGUAAAACGAUUUUGGUAAGGACUGUAGGCAUGAUCCUAAAUCCUUGUUCUAGUAUUAGGCUGAGAACCCCCUUUUCUUCUCUAAUUGAUCUAGACUAGGCCCUUCACACAGGGAACACAAGGACUUUCAUAUAUAAAUAUCUGAGUCUUUGUAACAAAAAUCAAGAACUUUAUUUAGAAUGUGAUAGGCAGCUAAAACUCUUAAGCCCACUGUGUUCAAUUAGGAGCAGAAUUUAGUUAGAAAUUUACUUUUCCACAUUAAAACACUUUGCAAACACAAAUAUCUAUGAAAAGAUGCUUUGUUGGUGAUUGUGCUUUUUUUCUGUGAGGACUCAAAUGUGUGCUUCUAUCUCUGUAUGAGUGUGUGUAUAUAUAUAUGUAUAUGUCUGUGUAUUUCAAAUAGUGUGUAAGUCAGUUGGGUUAUGAUGGUCUUUGGAGAUGAUAGCAUUUGUAUGGAUAAAAGAACCCAAUUGAUGUGGAGAAAAAAAUAACGUUUUAUAUUGAUAGGUAUGCUUAUACAAAAUUUUUAGGUUUUAAACUAUUUUGCAAUAUACAGCAAUUUUAUAUGUAUGAUAUUUUCUAUAGAUUCUUUAAGAAAGAUAUAUUUAUCAUGUAUCUAAUGUGGAAUCACUAAACUCUAGUCCAUUGUAACAGGUGCUUUAUAAUCUGAAAUGGAGUAAGUAUAGGAGGUGUUGGGGUUUUCUGUUUACUUAUUUCUGGCGCACCUUUUCUGACAUCUCUGUCUUGCUCUGUGUUUCUUAGUAAAACCUAAUUCUGUCAACUCUUUCACUACCUCCCUAUUCCUACAUCCGAAUUCAUAACCUCUGGAACAAAAUACUGCUUUUACUUUCUUAGGAUUACCAAGAUGUUUGGGUGCAGAUGUGACUGGUAGUCCAUCACACUUCCAUUAACACCUCUCCAGAAAUGAAAAAAAAAAAAAAAAAUGCAUACCACACAUUCUCUUAAUUGUGAUUGAGCAAGAACCAUUUAAAUUACUUUUCUUUCUUACAUUAGGAAAUACGCUUUCUUGUCUACGGCCAUACCACCCUGAACGCGCCCGAUCUCGUCUGAGCUCGGAAGCUAAGCAGGGUCGGGCCUGGUUAGUACGUAGAUGGGAGGAAAUACACUUUCUUAAUAUUUUCAAUGAGAAACUUCAUAUCAGAGCACUUUUAUUUUAUACUCUUCACAGAAGGGAAAAGAAGAUUUGUAAAUAACCACAGAAAGUCCCUGCCUACCUUACAUUUAAAAAGGUAGCUAUACAAAUUCAAGUUCAAGCCCUGUUUAUGAGAAAACUUACAACUUUUGAUAAAUAUUGAAAUGCAGAUGAUUGCUUACUCACAUUUUCCCCCUGAGAUAAACAUCAAGAAAACUUCGUUAAGACCAAAUACAUCCUUUGGGAUAUAUACAUUGAAGAAAAACUAGUAUUGAUAUAUUUAAAACUUUACUAUUAACAACCAUAAUUAGAAGAAAAUAUCUCUUGCAGAACUCUUUUCCUCGAAAAUACAAAAGCCUCUCUUUUCAUUUUCUGAAUAAAAGAUCUUUUUGAACUUCUUAAAAUUUUAAAUUUUAAAAAUUAGCCACAAUAUUUGCUGAGUCCUGGGUAUUUGCAGAUAGUUGUUCGACCUAUUUUGAAUCAGACUCUAUAUUUACCAAGUUCUUUUCUAAACUGAUUUGAGUGCUGAACAGGGAGAAUAAGAAAAACGGUUGCCCUCGAGUGCCGAGAAUGCCAGGCCAGCAGGGCUAGUCCUCUUCCUUCAUAAAUCAGGGCGAUGACUUUGUGCCAAGAUUCCAGCUCUCCCUCUGAUGUUGUUCCUAAUGUUCUAUGAUUUUCUCCCAAAGUGCUUCAAGCAACUGUAAUUAAUACCCAAACUACCACUUCCACAGAACUUCAAAGGAUUGGGUUUAGCGUGAACAUCAAGGAGUGUUAAAAUUCACAUGAUGAACGUGAAUUUUAGAGAGAAGGGGAUUAGUUUUUUUUUUUUUUCCAUCUCUGUUUUUUUUUUUUUUUUUUUUUUUUUUUUUUUUUUUUUAGUGCCAUCUCUGUAUAGUUUCUGCUUAUAUUCUCUCACAUGUCCUAAAAUAUCAAGGGAAAAAAGUACCAAAGUUCAGCACAGGUUUUUUAGCCAUGUAGAUUUGGAAGUCAGUUUGCUUGACUUUGUUGUUUAGCUGAGGUGUUUUUUUUUUUUUUCUUCCCCUCUUUGUAUAAUUGUAUUUAAGCAUUUUUAAAUGAAUUUCUGGUUUCUGGAUUUUUUGAGAGGCCUGCUCUGUUUUUGUGGUUGUUGGUUUUUGUAGCAUUCAUUAUUGCUUAUAUGUACACAGUUUAGUCUUACUGAUCUCAAGUGCAUUUUCUUACAGUUCAACCCAACUGGCAGCCUUACUGGCUGCGAGUAAUUAUACCGAGCUUACAGUCACCAUGGCUGAAGUCACUGCCAUUAUCUCUGGCCUUAAGAGAACCUCCUGUGACCACUGGUGCCCCAUGGGGAUCAUGACCAAGAGCCCAGGCUGGUUCUAGGAUCAGGCAGCCUGCAAAGCAUAAGCGUCCAUAGCUACCCUUGUUGAGUAGGGUCUUGGGAUGACAGGAUGGGGUAUGGAGUGAAAGAUUCCCAUGCGAGGUAGGAGUUUGGGUCCUUAAUUUCAGUUCUGAAUAUCCCAGGGACACGACAAGGUCAAUGAUAAGGAACGUCUAUGACUCGUGGGAAGGAUGGCUGGUUCCUGCAACUGGUACCACAGGGUCUGGCCCACUGCAACCCCCGAAUGGGCAAUGACAGCCUCAUGGUGGAGAGUGCAUGGGCCCGGGCUCAGCUGGUGGAGAGCUUGUAUUGCCAGCACAAUGAGGUUCUCUGGCCCAGGCCAGGUUAACGGGCUUUUCAUCUUUGAUGUCCACAAGGGCUGCCCCAUUGUGUUCUUGCUUGAUUUUGUUCUCCUUGUAUGUAACAGAAACUGUUGAUAGGGCCCAAACCCCUACAGAAAUUCUAUGUUGUAAAAGCCAACAGAUACAUUGGACUUGUCUGAAUGUAAAGAUUUUCUGUUUAGUAGAUAAUUUCAAAUUUAAAUGUUCUCAAUGAUAAUCAGAGUUCCUUUUUACUUACAAAGUUGGAUUAUUUUUUAGAAUUGUAAUAAAUAAAAACCAUUGCUGCUUUACCACUGUAAAAUAGGCUUUCCAAUGUGACCAUGUACUUUUUAAAUAAAUUGUAAUACAACUUGUAAUAAUAGAA